GUUGGAGUUUGAAUUUUCAGAAGAGGUUAACCCAAACAGUCGAGUGUAGGAAAAUCUUCGCGCCCACGAAUUUUAGGCCAUGAGCUGGGCGGUGGAGGAGUGGAAGGAUGGACUUCCAGGGAAAGCCCUGCAGAAGAUCCAGGAGAUGGAGGUCCAGUUGGACAAACUCAAGAAGGAGCGAUCACAGAAACAGUUUCAGCUGGAGUCCUUGGAAACUGCCCUGCAAAAACAGAAACAAAAGGUGGACAGUGAACGUACGGAAACCUCAGCUUUGAAAAGAGAGAAUCAGUCUUUAGUAGAGUCGUGUGAUGCUCUGGAGAAGACUCGUCAAAAAGUUGCUCAUGAUCUUGGUGUCAAAGAACAGCAGGUGAACUAUCUUGAGGGUCAGCUUAAUUCCUGCAGGAAGACUAUUGAGCGACUGGAGCAGGAGCUUAAAAAGUACAAAAAUGAGAUGGAUCGUUCUCAACCUGCCGGCUCUUCCUCUUCGUCAUCCUCCUCUGAGCUGCAGCCGUUCACUCCGCAAAAGAGUUUUGCUACACCAGCUCCUGUCCCAGUCUCCAGACAGCACGAUAACAGACUGGAGGAGCUACAAGAGAAAUACAACCAGGAAGUGGAAGAAAGAAAAAGGCUGGAGACUGAGCUCAAAGUCUUGCAGGUCAAAAUGGUGAGUCAGUCGUCCGUCAGCGUGAGCCACAAAGACAUUGCAGCUCGACAAGCUGGCUCGUCCAUCUUCCCAUGGCAACAGCAGGAUCACAGCAUCCGUGCUCCGAAUGGGAUGGAAACGCCCCUGAAGAGACAAGGGACGUCUCUGUGGGAGGCUUACGAGGAGACCCCAAUUAAACCCGGCCAACGGAUGAGCUCGUCCAGAACCGUUCAGAGUCCCAGUGGAUCCUCCAACCAGAUGGAGCAGCUAAAAACCCUUAAUCAAGAACUUCGCACCCGUGUGUCAGAGCUGGAGAGAAAUCUGUCCAACCAAGAGAAGGAAAUUCAUAAUCAAGCUUCCAAACUGCAGGAACUCCAAACUCAUCUGAACCAGGCCCGUAAAGACCUUGCUGAGCGAGACAGAGACCUGGCCAAAGCGGGUCAUGAACUGAGUCAAGCUGCAGACAAACACCAGCAGCUCGAGGCCAAGAGUUCAUCGGUUGAGCAGAAGCUGAAACGGGUCACAGAGGAGAUGAACUGUCAGAGGCACAACGCAGAGAGCUGCAAACAAGCCCUGGAGCAGAAACUCAAGGACCAGGAGAGAAACAGUCAGAAGGAGCUGGCCCAGCUUCAGAGUUCCCAUCAGGCUUUGGAUCAGCAGCUUAACCAGACCAGAACCAAGCUUACACAAGAGAUCCAACAGUCCAAAAAGGACUGCAAUGUACUUCAAGCUGAUAUGGAGAAGAUGCGCUUCCAGAAAACACAGAUGGAGAAAGAGACUGAGGAGCAGAAACAGAAAUUGCUGCGGUCAGAACAGAGCCUGCAGGUCAGCCAGAACAAAGAGCAAGACCUUCGCAAGAAACUGGAAGAGCUGCAGAAAGAGAAGAACAGUGUGACGGCCGAGUUGGACCGGAGCAGCCGGAGUUUGUCUCAGCUGGAAGGAGAGAAGAGGAGCUCAGAACAGGUCCUCAAACGCACCCAGGGACUGCUAGACGAUUUCAAAGUGAAAUCAGAAGCACAGGCUGAGGAGCUGAGGAAACUUCAGUCCAAACUCGAGCAACAGACUCGUGUUUCAGCACAGGAGCAGGAAAACUUAAAGAAAACUCUCUCUGACGCCGAGGCCAGAAAUGACAAAUCUAAGAAUGAGCUCCAGAAACAAAAUCAAGAGGCUGAAAAGCUGAACCAUAAGUUGGCGGUUCUUGAAAAGGAGAGCCAGGAGCUGAAAUCCAGUCUCGCAGUGAGCCAGGAUGGCUGUAAGGCUUUGAAGCAAGAGCAUGAAGCUCUGCUGGAGUGGAAGAAAGAAAAGGAAACGUUAAUAAACCAAACAGAAGCUGUGCAAAAGGAGCUCGCUGACAAAAUUAACAGCUUGGAGAACAAUCUUGGCGUGCUGAAAGAGUCUAAUAAUGAACUCCAGAGUAAGGUCCUGUGUGUGGAGGGAGAUAAAGCCAGUCUGUCUGCGCACGUCGAGUCCUUGAAAGGAGAAUUACUCUGUAAGAGCACGGAGCUGGAGGAGAAGCAGCAUCAGUACGAGAAGCUCCAGCUUCAGUUUUCUGAAGCUGGACAGAAACACAACAAAGACCUGGAGAAUGCUGGGAUUCAACUGGCUCAGCUCGAAGCACAGGUGAAAGACUUAGAGUCAGAGCUGCAGAAGGGAACUGCUCGAGCAGAGCUUGCUGAGAGGACAAACGGUGAGCUGCGAGAAGAGCACCAAGCUGCCUGCGACCUGGUGCGCUCCAAAGAUCAGCUGCUGGAGCUGGGCCUGGCUGAGAUCAGUCAGCUGAAGGAGAGCCUUGCACAGUCCACUGCACAGCAGGAACAGCAGAAAAUCAGGUUCAUGGAGGAGAGGGCAGGUCUGCUGAAGCAGUGUGAGGAGAGCGUUUCUGCAAAGACAGCAGAGAUGGAGCACAUGAGGCUGCAGAUGGAGGAGGUCCAGCAGGACCUGCUGCUCUCCAAAAACCAGAUCAGCUCCACGGAGCAGUUCCUGAAGGUUCAGGAGCAGCUGGGAGCCGAGCUUCAGAAACAAAACAAGGUGAUGUCCGAGAAAGAAGAGGAGCUCCGAGAGAUGUACGAGAAAACAUCAGAAGAGCUCAAAGUGUUGGAAAAGGAGCUGAAGGAUCAGAGGAACCAGACUGAGGAGAAGGAGAAUCGGCUCCGAGAGACUGAAGCUCAAAUCGUUGCGGUGGAGACACAAAAAUCUGAGCUGGAAAAUAAAGUUCAAGGGAUGAAGAAAGAAGCAGAGAUCCUGCUGGAGCAGAUUUCUACCUUAAAGGAACAAGAGGCUGCAAACAAAGAAGCAGCAGAGGAGCUUCCAGUCCUGAAAAACAAUCUGGAUGUGGCCAACCGAUCACUUGAUCACCUGACCAGUUCUCUAGAAGCUGUCGAGAAGAAUCUCUCUUCUGCAAAUGAAACUAAGGCCAACCUGGAGAGCACUCUGGCUGAGAAGAUUAAGCUGAUCUCUACUUUGGAGAAAGAAAUGGGCGAUCUCGCUGAGAAGAUGAGGAAAGAGUCAGAGAGUCACAGCGUGGAGACUGAACGUUUAGUCGACAAAGAGAGGAGCCUUAAAGAGCAGAUCGAAACCUCUCAGAAAUCACUGGCUGCUGCCAAAACAGAGUUGAGUUCUCGUCGGGAGGAGAUCAAAACCAUGAAGGCCACUCUGUCUGCUGCUUCACGUGGCUUAGAAGAACGAGAUGUUACAAUAAAGAGUCUGAAAGAGAAGCUAAAUAAAGCCGUAGCUGAGCAGGCCACUGCUUCAGAUCUGCUGAAGGAGAAGGUUACUGCCAUGAACAAAAUCAAGGUGCAGCUGGAGAUGCUGCAGAUGGACUUGGAGGACAACGAGACCGCUAUGAGCUCCGCGGACAGUCAGGUGGACGAGCUUAAGAAAAGUAUAGAAUCGUUAGAGGCCGAGCUCACUCAGAACCAGAGCCAGAUGACUGAGAUGGAGGCCAGGCUGGAGGAGAGCAAAGCUCAGGUCUCUGUCUUGGAAAUCCGUUUGGAUGAAGUCCAAUCCCAGAACUCUCUGCUGGAGUCAAAAUAUGUCACAGCUAAGGAGGAGCUGCUGGAGAGGAGCUGUGAAGUAACCCGUCUGGAGGAGGACUCCGUCCGACGACAGCAGAUGGAGGAAAGCGUCGCCUUGUUGGAGUCGAAAAUCGCUCGGCUAGAAGACGAAAACUCCAAGUUAGAGAAGACGCUCGGGCAGGUGAUUCAGGAAAAAGACGGCCGCCUCGAUGUGUUGCUUCAGGAGAAAAACACCCUGGAGGUUUCUGUGAAACGACUGAUGGACGACGAGCAACGAGCUGCCGCUGAAACUGCACAAGUGAAGGUGGAGAAGAAAGAGCUGGAGGUCAGAGUAGACAAACUGUCUGAAGAGAUGAAGCAGCUGCGGGCUCAUGUCGAGCACAACGCUCAGACCUUGGAAGAAAAUGUCAAACUCCAGUUUAGUCUGAGCCAAGUGUCAGAAGAGAAGCAGCAUCUGCAGACGAGCAUGGAGGGAUAUAAAGACGAGAUUACUUCCCUCAGAGAGAAGAACGAGUGCAUCCAGCGCUCUCUGCUGUCUUCAGAGCAGCAACGCCGGAACCUGGAAGAACGAUUUGAGACGACGGAGAAGAGGAACGACGACGAGAACAAAGAGAGGAACCGUCAGUUUGAGGCAGAGCAGGCUGAACUUCACCAGAAGCUUGUGCUCCUGCAGACGGAGCUGGCUGAACUCAAAGAGCAGUACGAUGUACUGCUCCAACAAGUGGCCCAGGAGCACAGCCUCAUACAGGAGCUCUCAGAGCCGCAGGAAAGUCCCAACUCUGCAACAGAAGUUGACCACGAAGUACCUGAAGCUGUCUGUGCUGAGGCCGCGGCUCACAUGGAUGUUGAGGCAGAACCUGGUGCCAGCGCAGACUCGUCUCCUGUAAACGAACAGCGAGUGACGUCUGAAAUGAAAUCCGACGAGACCGAGGGUGAAGCAGAGCUAAAAGCAGAGACAGAAAUGAUCCACAGUGAGACGGUGGAAGAGAAGAAUGAGGCGUGUGAACAUGAUGUGGAGGAAAUGAAAAGCGACAUGGAGAACCAACAGGUUUCUGAAGACAAAAAUGAGCCUGAAUUCUGCGACUGGUCCUCCCAGAGCGAGAUGAAAGACUUGAAAUCCACCGAAAAAGAGUCUUCGCAGGCACAAGAAGACUUCAGCUCUCACAAGGAAAUCAUCUUGAAACAAGAAAAAGAGCUGGAGACCGUGCGCUCGGAGUGCGACCUGCUGAACUCUGAGCUUCGGCUGAGAAAAGAGUUGACCUCUGACCUGGAAGUCCAAAUUCAAAACCUGGAGAAGAAAGUUCAGGCUUCAGAGGAGGCGGCGCUUGGUGCAGCACAUCAGCUGAGCACCACAGUGGAGGAAACUAAAAGUCUUUCUGACAAGGUGACUCACUUGUUGGAGGAGAAGGAGACUUUAACUCUGCAGCUGCAAACAUCGAACUGUCAGCUGACUGAUGUCAUGGAGAUGCUGGAGGGACUUGAAAUGGCCAAAGGGGGAUGGGAUGAAAAGUUCCUUCAGCAGGAGAGCGAGUUAAAGAGGGUUCGCUCAGAAAAGGUGAACCUGGAGCAGCACAUCCUGGGGAUGGAGUCAGAGCUGGAGACCAUGCAAGCGGAGAGUGCCAAACUUCACGAUGAACUGGACGCACAGAAACGGAUUUGUUCAGGCUCGGAGCAACAGAUAGAAACUCUGCAGACAGAGACAACCCAGCUGAGAGCUGAACUUGUGUCCUGCACUGAAGACAGAGACGAGCUGAGCCGGUCAUUGUGCCACUGGAGAGAGAAGGUUCACAGUCUGGAGAAGACUGAGAGUGACACCAGAAGCUUAGUGUCCAUACUGGAGGACGACAUCAGAGCCGGAAGGAAGGAGUACGAAGCGCUGCAGAGCAGCAUGGAGAAACUGAUCGCAGAAAGGAAUCGGCUGCUGGAGCAGGUUAAAGUGCUGGAGCAGGCAAUUUCUCAGCAAAGUGGAGAAAAAGAAGAGCUGCUCGGCCAUCUUAAUCAAAUAAAAGAAGAUCAGUCCUCGGCCAGUCAAAACUCUGAGUCCAUGGUUGGAAAGAUACAGGCUUUAAAGGGAGAAGUGUGUCGUCUUUCCCAGUCUCUGGAGGCCUCGCUGCUCGAAAAAGGAGAGAUUGCUUCUCGUCUGAAUUCCACUCAAGAUGAAGUCCAGCAGAUGAGGACCGGUAUUGAGAAGCUUCAGGUCCGCAUCGAGUCCGAUGAGAGGAAGAAAAAGAAGAUGGGAGAACUGCUCAACGCUGCCCAGAGAAAGUUUGACUCGCUGCAGGAUCGUAUCGACGCCCUGCAGAGAGAGAAGGAAGACGUGGAGCUGAGUCUGGAGACAGCUGUGCUACAGGCUGAAACCGCCAGAGCUGAGCUGGAAGAGGAGAGGAGAAAGGUGGAAGAAGAGAAGAAAGAGCUUAAAGAGAAACUGACGGAGCUCUCAGCCACACUGGACAACCUGAGAUCUGAGAAAGCACAUCUAGAAAGAGAGCUAGAAGCCAAAAAGAGGGAGAUAGACGAGCUGAAGGCAGCUAAAGAUGAGCUGGAAAGGGGAUUGGUGAGAGCAGAGACGGCUAAAAGAGAAGAGGAAGAGAGGCAGAGAUCCAGGGUGGAAGAGCUGCAGAGAGAACUGAGAGAGGAAGCCGAGAGACAAAGCAGGCAGCUAGAUGAGCUCCACACCCGGCUGGAAGCGAGCCAGCAGAGGGAACGUUUACUUGAAGAGAAACGUGAAGAAACAGAAGGGGAAAAUGAGAAGAUGCAGUCCGUUUUGUUCGAGUCAGAGAAGGAGAAACAACACCUGCUGAGUUCACUACAGGAGUGGCAGAUGAACGGAGAGAGCCUCCGCUCUCGAGGAGAAGAGCUAGAAAAGGAGAGAAACGGCCUAAAGGCGCGCAUCGAGUCUUUGGGAGAAGAAAUAAAGGAUUUUAAAACACUUGUCCAAGUUAAAGAGGAAGAGAUUCUCGCUUUAGAAAAGGAGAGGGAGAAGGAGGCAGAUCAGAGGCAAGCUUCAGUUAAAUCCAUCUCGUGUCUUUUAACGGAGAAAGAACAGUUAGAAGAAACAAAUGGAAAACUGAUCGAGGAGAAAGAGAAGCUGCAGCUGAGCCUGCUCGUGUUGGAGGAAGAGAGGGAGAACAUGAGCUGCACCCUGGAAGCUGUGAAACAAGAGAGAGGCCGAUUAGAUCAGGAGAGAGGUGCGUUAGAAGAAGAGAACGUUCAACUUCAGUCUGACCUGUGCUUGGUAGAGAAAGAGAAACAGGACUUGCAAGAAGCUCUCUCUUCAUUAAAGCAAGUAAAGGAAAGAACGGAGCAGGAGAAGCUGAGGUUAGAGGCUGGAAAGGAAGAAUUGCUCUCUUCCUUUUUAAAGGUUGAAGAAGAGAAGAACAACUUGUCUUCAGCUGUUUCUUUGUUGGAACAAGAGAAGCAGCAGAUGAAAGAGGAGAAAGAGAAGCUCGCAGAAGAACAAGACAUUCUUCAGAAGAACGCCUCAUCUAUGGAGAAGGAAUUGGAAACUCACAAAGAGUCUGUGUCGCAACUCAGAGAACAGGUGUCCGAGUUGACGUCUCGUGCAGCUCGUUUGUGUAAAGACAAAGACUCUGCUCUGAGCAAAAUGAGUCUGUGGAUGAAGACGUGCAAACAGCUGGAGCAAGAGAAGCAGAUGAUGUCGUGCUCAGAGGAAAAAUGCAGCAAAGAUGUUCAAAGUGAAGUGACGCAGCUGAAGAUUGAGGCAGAGCAGAAGAAGAAACAAGCAGAAGACCUGAUGGCUGCCCUGGAGAAGAAAAAGACCGAGGCUGAAGAAAGACUACUGGAAACGCACCGAAAAGACAAAGAGGUGAAGGAGCUUCAAGACGCCCUCAACCAAACGAAAAAGGAGAUGGAGGAGAAGGAGGGAGAGCUGGAGGAGGUGAAGAGGGAGCUGGAUGAAGUGAACCAAGUUCUCGAGGAGAAAAGCAGAGAGGCUGAUGAGAGCGUAGAUAAAUACUGCAGCCUGAUAAUUAAAGUGCACAAGCUGGAAGAGAGCAACGAAGGGCUGAAAGUACGACUGGAACAGUUGACUGCAACUCAGCGCGCUGACCAAGCCACCACCUUCCACUCCAACCUCACGGACAACCGCCGGCGUUCAUCCAGGAAGUCUUCCUCCAAACAGCAGGAGGUGGAGAGGGACGACGACACGGAGAACCUGGUCCCCCUGACAGCCCAGAGGUCUCAGGGGGCGUCGCCUGGAAAACGAGGCCGCUGUGAGGUCGGCGACAAAGACGGCGUUCAUGAGGCCCUGCACAAUCUGACAAAGAAGCUGAAAGCCAGCACCAUGACAACACCCAAACCAAGAGGUGAAGAGGAGGAGGAAGAUUUCAGACCAGAGGGACUUCCUGAGCUGGUGCAGAAAGGGUUCGCUGAUAUUCCCGUGGGGGAGGCGAGUCCGUUCAUCGUGAGGAGAACCACAGCGAGGCGCUGCAGUCCUCGGCUGGCUGCCCGGCAGGCUCUACCUGACGGCAAGGUUCUGGGGCCCAUCGCUCUCCAGAGUCCGUCUUUAGUUUCAUCGGCAGGCGGCUCCAUCGUGAGGAAUCUUUCACCACAGGAGGAGGAGGAGAAACUUUUGCCUCCUUCACUGAAUUUACAGAAGGAAUCGAAGCAGAGGGAACAAGCUUUAAGAGGACAAACAGCACAAGAAGACAAUUGUCGUGUUCAGUAGAUCACAUUGUUGUUGUAGAAACGCACAGAGUUAUAAAAGAUUAGAAUCACACGACACGAGGAUGGUUUUUUUUUUUUUUUUAACA